ACGCGACAUCAUCGACGUCGAUAUCCUCGGAUUUCCCUGUCAGCACGAUGCUGGGCAAUGAGCAGCAGCAGCAGCUUGCAGGCGCGGGGCAUUCAUCGCAAAAUCGUCUCUGCUCCAAUCUGACCACCGUGUCUCUAUUUGCCAUGAACAUCACCAUCGCCGUGACCUUGAUGAUCAGCGUCCUCUACAAUUUCCACGCAAUUCAAUACAGCGCCACCACUUCCACAGAAGAAGGGAUGUUGAUCGUGGAUCAUCUGGAUGUUUUAAAUGAAGAUUUGGUGAAAAUGGGUGAUCGCCUGGACAAGAAGAUCGAUUCGAACAUGUCUGUCAUGAAGCAGGAGAUGAAAAAUGAUCUGCUCAAAUUGUCUGAAAAGAUUGAUAAUCGCCUGGACAAGAUCGAUUCGAACAUGUCUGUCAUGAAGCAGGAGAUGAAAAAUGAUCUGCUCAAAUUGUCUGAAAAGAUUGAAUAUAUUCUGCACAUUGUCUAUUGGCCGGUGUAUGAGAAGAAGACUUUUGAGAUGGCACGUGCUCAUUGCAAAAAGUAUGGCGGAGACUUAGCCAUGCCAACGUCCAGCAUCCUGAACAAACGAUUACACAACUACAUUUGUAACGACACGAUGUUUAUUGGGAUGAAUAACAUUACAAAUGAAAAAAUAUUCCGGUAUGUAAAUGAGACUCCACUGGGUAACUACACAAACUGGAAAUCGGGUGAACCUAACGCAUACAAUGGUAAGGAAGAAUGUGUUGAAAUGCGAACUGACGGACUUUGGAAUGAUGUACCAUGUACUUGGGGUUUACAAUUCCUCUGUCAGAAGUUUAAAAAAGAUUAACCCGUAAAAACAAAGUUUUUCACUAUAAAUCCUUUAUAUGCGUGGCGGCUAGAGUCCUCUCGUCCUCUGGCUUGAGAUGGCUGCCACCUAU